AUGGAGUGUAGUAUCACUUCCACCAUUGCAGAUCAUCUUCGUAUUCAUCGAAAUGCAAGAGUUAUCAGAUGGAACGCCCGUGGUAUGGGCGGGAGUGACGGUGGGAACGAGCUCUCAGGCUUUGUCGAAUGGAUGGGAAUGCGUAACUGCGGCGAUUACAAGCAUGUCCUGAAAUUGGUCGGUGACUUUCCUUCUGCAAGGGGAUGCUAUCUGUUCGUUUGUGGAUACUCCUCUGGCGCCAUCUAUGCUACGACCAUUCGUUUGUCUGACGAUCUAUACCGUCAAUGCUCUCAAGUAUUUUGCCACCCGAUCAAAUACAUCCUUGUAUCAUAUCCAAUCGGCCUUGCCUGGACACUCGGACUUGGGCUGACUGGAUGGUACUUUCGUGCUCUCGAGGGGCUAGUCGGUGGCAAUUGGGAAGAGUGUUCACACGAACGCCCAGCCGACGCGCUUAUCCUUAUGGGUACAAACGAGAUCGGUGGAUGGUACUCCCCUGCUAGCUGGGUGUACUAUAUGUGGACGGGAGUAUUGGACGGAAAGCAUCGCCAGGAGCAGGGUAAAUUUUGGAAAGUCCUCGUUGAUGGGGCAGAUCAUGUAUGGACCGGGAUGGUGCAUCGAAUUGGAGAGGAGAUUGAAAAGUGGAUGUCUGGGUAA